AAAUAUGCAUCUAAAGAAGUGUUUACAUUUUAAGUGAUAAAAUUUUUAGUAUCAACUGUACAUUGAUAAAGUGAUCUUAAUACUAAAGCUGAAUGAAAUGUAUUUAACAAACAGUAUAGUUUUUGCAUCUGCUUAUCAAUUUGUGCAAACAUAGUUACAUGUGAAUAUAGAAUUCAGAAUGCAGUUUAAAAUAAAAUUUUGCCAAUAUUAUUAACGAAAAAAAAAAAAUUAAUAAUAUUAGUAAAAAUAGAAAUUUGCAGUUUAAGACAAAUAAAAAAAAAAUAAAACUAAUGAAUUAGAUUUCAAAUAUUUUAUUAUUAUUUUUAUUAUUAUUAUUAUUAUUAUUAUUAUUAUUAAUAAUAAUAAAAAAAUUUUACAAUGAAAAUAUGGAAAUUUUCAAUUAUGUUGUUGAUGAUGAGUUUAAUCGAUUACAAAACAGUGGUGGCUGAUAAUAAUUAUUUAAAAAGAGAUUUGUUCGUUAAUGAUACGUCCAAUUCAAGAAUAAACUAUUUGUUUAAAAAAUUUCUAGAGCAUUUUAAACAAUAUUUGAAAAAUGGAAAUAAAUUUUUAGGUAUCCCUUCUAUUGAUCCUUACAAAUCAGGUCCAGUAAAUAAAUUCUUAAACUUGGAAGAUAUAAAAGGCAAUAUUUCAAUUGAUAGUGUUGCUAUUUCUGAGUUAUCAAAUUAUCUAGUUACCAGAGCUGAAAUUGAGGGGUUAAUAAUAAGAAUGGGUUUUCAAUGGUUUAAUAUAGAUGGAAAUAUGACUUCAUAUAAUAUUACAAAUUGUAGUUUCAUGAAUUUUAUUAAGAUUUUUGGAUUUGGAGAUGCAGUGUUUACUGUUAAAGAUUUGAGUUUUACUACAAGUAUCACUCUUGGAUUCAAAAAUAUUAAAAUAUUUAUAAAAACCGUAGAGUCACAAAUUUUUCUAAGAGAUUUCGAGGUAUUUUUUUUCUACACCGAGGGUUUAUAUAAUGAUAGUUAUUUAUCUAAAGAGAUGAGUUCUGUGAUUUCUAAAAUGGGACCUGAUUUCGUUCAAAACUAUCAAAAAACAUUGACAACUGCAAUUGAUGAAAAAAUAACGAAAAUAGUGGAGAAAAUCAUUGGCUAUAUAAAUGUUUAUAAUUUUAAUGAAAUUCCCAAAAAAAAAUUCUUAUAAAUAUAAUAUUUAAUUAAAAGAAAAUGAGAUAAAUUUAUUUAAAAUGAACGCGAAUUAGGUAUAACAAUCAGUAAUUAAUAAAAAAUAUUUAAUAAUAAGAAAAAAAAUUAGAAUACUGUAAAAAAUAUAAAUAAAGAAAUUAAGAACAAUAAAAUAGAAAUAUUUAAAAUUAGUGUUUAAUUAAUUUUUUUUUUUUAUCAGGAUUUACUUUGAAAUAUAGUUUUGUGCCUAAUCCUACCAACGUUUGACAUAGAUUGAUAAGAAAAAUUUUGUAGUUUUUAUAUUUUUUGUUUUUGAUAAAAUAUAUUAUCUUAUAUACAUAACGAAAAGUAACAAUCCCAUACCCAUAAUUAAAUAUAGAAAAGUGUUUCAUUAAAUAAAUCGUCGUCAUAUUAACUGAUUAUUUUUAUUUAAUGUCCUAAUUACGUUACAAAAUUUAGGACAAAAUUUGAGAAAAACACACAUUUUCGUGGAUAUAAAAAUCAUUAUAAAUUCAAAAUUUAUCAAGUUUUCUGAGCAGUUGUUUUCUAACAUUCUACUCAAUCGCUCAUUUCAAAUAUAGUUGAUUUUUUUUUAAAUAAAAAUUUUAUCAUUCUUAUCAUAUAUAUUAUUGCAAUUUUUUUUACUUGUAUAUUUUGCAAGAAUAAAAUAAAAUAAUGAAGACUUUUUCACUAAUUCUUUUAAUUGUCUUAGUAAUUCAUCAGACUAAUGCAAGAAAUUUGACGAAUUUAUUAACAAGAGUAAAUGGAGUAGCUGAAGAUUUGAUUAGUUUAAAAUCGACAUUUAUAAUUGAGAAUAUCAGGCAAAUUAUAAAAAAUGGAAGUGAUAAGAUGGAAAUUCCAGUUCUUGAUCCUUUCACAAUAUCUGAAAUAUCUAAAAAUUUGUCAUCAGAGAUUUUUAAAGGUCAAAUUGAUGUAAAAAGUGUAAAUGUAAACAAUAUCUCCGACUUCAAAGUUGAUGUAUUUCAUCUGAAUUUAAGAAAAUCAAAAAUGAAUAUCACUUUACACUGGCCAAUGUUAAAAGUAAAUUUGAAUUCUUAUAAUAUAAAUGGAGAGUUACCUGACAUGGCUGAUGUCAACGGAACUGGAGAUGCUGAAUUGGUCAUUAGAAAUUUAACAUUUUCAAGUGAAUUUUCAUUGAAUGUGGAUGUUAGAAAAAGAAUAUUAUUUAUAGACAAUAUGAAAUCAAAUAUUUCUUUAACAAAUUUUGAGGUCAUAUCAAUGGAUGUUCUGAAUGAUGAAGAAUUCACAGAAAUGAUCAAAGAGUCUUUGCCUGAACAGGCUCCGAAAUAUGUUGAAUCUUUACAAGAGACAAUUACAAAUUUAAUAAAUAACUAUAUAAUGAAGAAUGUCAAUGAAAUUCUUAGCGAAAUAUCAUUGAAAAAAUUAAUAUCUCAUUUAAGAAAGUUAUUAAAACGAAAUAUAUAUAAAAUUAAUUCAAUUGAAACAAACGAAAUUCCUUAAAAACAUUUAGAUUUUCUAUAUAUUUAAUUUAAAAAUGUAAGUUUUAUAAAUAAAUAUUUUAAAAGUA